CUCUUUUACAUACUUCGUCUUCAAGGUACAAACGGAUAAAAGGCACAUUUUCAACCAAGAGGCUGUAAGAAGCAGAGGAUUUGAAUUCAGUUUCUGUAGACACGUAAUGGAGUGCUAUGCAUUGCAUAUUAACACACCCAUGUUUUGUUACAGUGUUCUCUGAAACUUCACAGCUAUUUCUCCCAUUCGGAAAAUAGCUUAUUUGAGAAGACCGGUUGCUGGAAGGUUGUUCUUACACCCCGUGCUGUUGUUUGUCGGGUUUAUUCUCGCUGCGUUUCUGCUCACAUCUGUAUAAAAUGGGAAUUCAAUCAAAGCAAACCGAAUCUAAAGGAGUAGACAUAAAGUCACAAAAAAGGAGUAGCCAUUUGUUUCUCUCUUUGCCAGGCUAAAAUCCUAAACAUCUUGUAGGAAAAGAAAUAAGGACAGAGAUGGAAGGAUUCCAUCAGUUUUCCUGAUGAGCAGACAGAAGGCUGAUUUGAGCAGAUGUGAGGGAAUUGGAUUAUUUGCUUAAAGUCCAAGGAUUCUUGGAUGUGAGGUUUGCUGUGCGGUCGGAUGACAGGUAAAAAAUGAGUUGGCAUUUAUGUUUGCAGAGUUACCAUUUGCCAAAUUGUACCUGACGUCCUGCAUCACUUUGCCACAUGGAAUGGGAAGAAUUGCCAUUGGGUAAAUCCUGUGAACUUUCUUCUUUUGACUCUUAGUAUUCCUUAGACUAGUAAAGGUCUGGAUUUUUAUAUAAAUCCGAUAUAUUCCUAUAUAACGGAUGUAUAUUUUUUCAUAAAAUGGUGAUGGCUUCUCUCAUUUGAAUGGCUGGUGACUGAUUCAGUCCCCGUUUUCAGCCCUGGUGUCACCCAAGUGCUGAGAUAAUUGGGCUAUUUUCAGACUUUGCGCCACGCAACCAACCACCAGGUACAGUUGAAACACGAGUACUGUACGUGGCAAGACUAUUCCCUUUCCAGCCUGAAGAUGGCUGUUCACAGAACGAUAACGAGCUAUUCUUAGCUAAUUGUGUUAUAAUGAAGCAGAAUACUUUCCAGCUCCAACAGUGGACCUACAAAUGCUUCCAGUUUUGCUCAUCUUACGUGAGGGUUUUUUGUCUGGAGGGGAGAAAACAACCCUCUGUCAUGAGGCGCAGCAAGCGGGAGAGGAUCCAGAAAUGUUGGGAGUUCUGCCCAAAUUUAUCCAGCCCUUUGUGCUGGCCCUGUGAUAAGCACAAACUGGACAAAAAAAGUUGCCAAAAAUGGCUCGACAUGUGUAGAUAUUCUGUGAACUCCGUUCCAGGAGCUGAUAUAAAUGUAACGGGAGGUGAGAUCAUGUCAUUUGCAAAGAGGCUUUUACAAAUCGUCACCGUUUCCUGGGGAUCCUCUGAGAUUGUAAACUCCACAAGCAGGACAUCAGGAACCAGUUGCUGAGUUUUGCAGCCGAAAAUCUGAGGUACUAUGUGUGAUGAGGAUGAAACCACCGCCCUUGUAUGUGACAACGGUUCCGGGCUUUGCAAAGCCGGGUUUGCAGGAGAUGAUGCCCCAAGAGCUGUAUUUCCAUCCAUCGUUGGACGUCCUCGACAUCAGGGUGUUAUGGUGGGAAUGGGUCAAAAAGACAGUUAUGUGGGGGAUGAAGCGCAAAGUAAAAGAGGGAUCCUGACGCUGAAGUAUCCCAUUGAGCAUGGAAUCAUCACCAACUGGGAUGACAUGGAAAAGAUUUGGCAUCAUUCUUUCUACAACGAACUCCGGGUUGCGCCGGAGGAACAUCCCGUCCUGCUGACCGAGGCCCCUUUGAAUCCCAAGGCCAACCGGGAAAAAAUGACUCAGAUUAUGUUCGAGACGUUCAACGUGCCAGCCAUGUAUGUGGCAAUUCAGGCGGUGCUGUCUCUGUACGCGUCUGGAAGAACCACCGGAAUAGUUUUGGAUUCUGGCGACGGUGUCACACACAACGUGCCUAUCUAUGAGGGCUACGCCUUGCCUCACGCCAUCAUGAGACUCGAUCUGGCGGGCAGAGACCUGACCGACUAUCUCAUGAAAAUUCUCACAGAGAGAGGCUACUCUUUUGUCACCACUGCCGAACGGGAGAUAGUGAGAGAUGUCAAGGAGAAGCUUUGCUACGUAGCUUUGGAUUUUGAAAAUGAAAUGGCAACUGCGGCUUCCUCCUCCUCUCUUGAGAAGAGCUACGAGCUUCCUGAUGGACAAGUCAUCACCAUUGGGAAUGAACGGUUCCGAUGCCCAGAAACUCUCUUCCAGCCAUCCUUCAUAGGGAUGGAAUCUGCAGGUAUCCAUGAAACCACUUACAACAGUAUUAUGAAAUGUGAUAUCGACAUCCGGAAGGAUCUCUACGCUAAUAACGUCCUCUCCGGAGGAACCACGAUGUAUCCUGGGAUUGGUGAUCGUAUGCAGAAGGAGAUUACAGCUUUGGCUCCGAGUACCAUGAAGAUUAAGAUGAUUGCACCGCCAGAACGUAAAUACUCUGUCUGGAUUGGGGGCUCCAUAUUGGCAUCUCUGUCCACUUUUCAGCAAAUGUGGAUCAGUAAAGACGAAUAUGAGGAAGCCGGUCCCUCUAUUGUCCAUCGCAAGUGCUUUUGACCACGUCCAUCACAUCCUGUCAGUGAUUAGUAGUGCUGGCUCUCUCCUUCUCACCUGCCCUUGAUCACCUCUGAGGGUGGCUUUGGCUUUCUUCCACACGUUAAAAAAACCACACUGUAUGGAUGUCAUAGAAAUUAGCAGUUGAUGCUAAAAUGAGACUAACGUUUCAGUGAUGGGUGUUUUCCAAGAUUAAUAACAAUAGUUAUACCAUAUGUUUUUGUAGACAUCCGUUCUCCCUGCUGCAACCCAGGAGGUGACACACUAAGAUGGUGUGUGGUGGUGUCUGCUCAUCAAUGGCCUCUGAAGUAUCCGCAUCAGUGGUUCUUUCAAACUCAAAGAUAAUGCAAAAUUUAGGUACCAAAGAAAGCUUAUUUGAUGCAGUUGAGUGGUAUGCAGGAUUCUUCUAAGAGAGUUUAUUUCCCUGAGGAUACAGUGGAUUGAUGUGGGUGCCAAUGUUCACAUGGGUACCAGUUCUUUCCGUAGAGCUUCUAUGCACGUCGCUCCUUGGUUACUUCUGAACUUACACCUAACAAGUUCAUUUAUUGGAUGUAUUAUUGCUUUCUUCAUCUCUCUGCCCAAGCAGUUAACUGAUGUUUCAUUUACUUUUGCUGUCCAUGUGUUAUGCUAAGCUAAUGAUUACAGAGUAAAUAAUAACCUUUUGAAUAUGUUAUUGAAAUACUCUGGGUUUAAUGGAUCAAUAAAAGUGUAAUUAUCCAUGUAA